CUUGAGAGCCUCAGGCCAACUUUCUGAAUCAUGCCCAUUGCUGUUAUAUCUUGGGAAGCUCUGAAAAGGCAUAGCACCAUCAACUGCCCUGAUGUGGUAUACAUGUACUGUAGACUACAAUCUGACUCGACGCUGUUAGUGCUGAGGAGCACCUGAAAAUGGCAAUUGAGCUGGACUGGAGCUUCGAGCCUCGGCACAGCGCCCCGGUUUCACAACUACGACCGCCCUUGAUGACUAGCAAUAUGACAUAUUAUUCACAGAUGUAAACAUCUCGCAUCACCUCUUCUUUUCUCUCCUUCAUAAGAAACACCACCAAUUCAAUUCACCUACAAUCCACCCCAGUCAUGAAGAUCCAGGGCCGCACCUUCAUCAUCUCCGGCGGCGCAUCCGGCCUCGGCAAGAGCUCUGCCAUCGAAAUCAUCAAAGCUGGCGGCUAUGUCUCUGUCCUCGACCUGUCCGACGAAGAAGACGGCAAGCAGUUGGAAAAAGAGCUGGGACCGUCUGCAAAGUUCUUCCACUGCAAUGUGACUGAGACUGAGAGCAUCGCAAAGGCCGUUCAGGGCACCGUGGACUGGGUGAAGCAGACGGGAAAGCCAUUGGGCGGUAUCAUCCCAGGGGCAGGCAUUGGCCUUCCAGCAGCUAUCUUAAACCGCAAGGGCGAGGCCCUGAACAUUGACGACGUUGACUUUGUCCUAAGCGUCAACUUUAGAGGCGUCAUCGACCUCGUCCGGCAAGCCGCAGUCCAUCUCGCCAAAGUCGAGCCCGAGGGCCCAGACGGAGAGCGCGGCGUCGUCAUCUUGGUCAGCAGCUCGAGUGCCUAUGACGGCCAGUACGGCCAGGUCGCCUAUGCGGCUACCAAGGGAGCCGUCGCAUCAAUGGCGUUGCCCAUGUCUCGCGAUCUGGCGAGCUGGGGCAUCCGCGUCGUUGCCAUUGCCCCCAGCCUGUUCAACACGAAUUUGACGGCUGGCAUGAGCGACAGGGUUCGGAAAGCCAUAGAAGACACGUUUGUGUUUCCGAACAGAGCCGGCAAUCCGCCCGACUUUUCCAUCUUGGUCAAGCACAUUAUUGAGAAUCCCAUGUUGAACGGAACUGUCAUUCGAUUAGAUGGAGCGUCGAGACUAAGCAAGCUGUAAUUCAUCUGCAAUCAAUGUUGGGAGUCUAGGCUUUUAGGAUUCUGUUCAUCUCAGCCGAUAGGUGGUGUAAUUAUUGCAUGUACACGUAUUCUGUAAUAUCAAAGCAGUAUAAACAUAAUGAAACAAAGC